AGACAACGGGUGUAGAACGUCACUGCUCCAGUACACCUGCUACACUGGGAGAAGCAACACCGUGCUGAAUACAGAGUGAACACACCGAGCGAUAUCUUGUACUUCAGGGAAACAUUGAUUCCACUUCAGUCAGUAACUACUAAAGUAUCAAGACAUAGCUGGCAGGAUAUAUUUUGGAAAAGAAACGACUGAGACAAUAAAAUGAAUUUCAGCAUGCACAGAGACACGACAGUGGUUCUCCCCAACAGUGAAACGGCUCUCUCUGAUGAACUUACCCUGACUGAUUCACCUGGUGGAAGGGUUAUCAUUAAAGACAUACAGGAAGACUCCCCUGUUGCAAGAGUUGGCACCCUGAAGAAAGGUGAUCAACUAAAUGCAGUAACAAUACAUUUUGACAAUCUAAACAGUAAAGAGGUUGGCGAAAUAUUGAAAUAUACAGAACCAUACAAAACAAGUCUAAAAUUGAAUACAAAAGAUGAACUCAGAACUCCAUCUUAUGGAUACAAAAGUUCUUAUGUGGGAAGCAAUGAUCAAACUUACUUAAAGUUGUACAACAGCAAGAUCAAGCCCCAUCUUAAACUAGCAAAACCAAGUGUGGAUGCACGUAGUCUGAUUGUUAAUGGAAUGGCACCUUCAAUUGAUGGAAGGAGUCCCAAGAUUUCUUCUGAAUUUGACACGAACCUAAAGGAUUCGCCAACUAUUGGUUUGAACACCCCUAGUUUUGAUAUCAAUGGUCCACAUGGUAAAAUACAAAUGCCUGAUGUUAAAGCUUCAACACCGAAUGUUGAAUCACCAAGAGGGGCCAUUAAGAUGCCAGGCAUGGACUUCAAACGUGCAGGUUUUGAAAUGCCAUCAGCACAUUUAUCUGGGAUUGAGUCUACAUCUCCGAAAGGGGGUUUUGAUGGCAAUCUGCCAAGCGCAGAACUACGUGCACCAAAGUUUCAAAUGUCAUCACCCGAUUUACAUGGACCAAAUGUUUCAGCAUUGGAUACAAACCUGAACUUUAAAGCACCUAAUGUCAAAGAUGUCGGCCUCGAUUUAUCGUCACCAAAUAUAGAUCUUGAAGCUCCAAACUUUCAAACUUCAAACAUUGAUGUAAGUGCUCCGAAGGUUCGUGCAGAAGGAAUAAGGAUCCCAAAAUUUAAAAAACCUGCUUUUUCACUCACUGGAAAUGAUCCAAAAGGGCCUGAACUAGAUUUGUCUAUACCAGGGGUGAAGACAGAUAUAAAGACUCCUGAUAUGGACCUCAAUGGAGGAGUAGAUCUCCCUGAUGCAACGGGGAAUUGGAAAAUGCCAAAAAUGCCCUCCUUUGGAUUCUCUAAACCCAAAGGACCAGAUGUGGAUUUUAAUGGUUCAUUAAAAGCACCCGGUGUUGAUGUGUCAGGUCCAGAUCUUAAGGGGAAUUUUGAAUCUCCAAAUGUUGACUUGAAACUUCCAAAAGGAGAUAUAGAUGCAAGCUUGCCAGAUGCCAAAUUUAAAAUGCCAAAAUUUAGUAAGCCAAGCACAAAUAUGUCCAUUCCAGACACCAGCCUGAACUUAAAAGCACCGACAGUGACGGGCGAUUUUGAUGCAAAACUGAAGAAACCCAACUUAGACAUUUCUGGAAUUAAGGGACCUGAUAUGAACUUAGGCGGUAAUCUUAAAAUUCCGGAUGCUGAUAUUUCAUCUCCUGACCUUAACGCGGGAUUCGGAUCUGCUGGAAUAGGUUUUAAAAAGCCCAAAAUCAAUGCAGCUUACGAUAUGCCUGACAUGAACCUUGAUGUUCCUGAGGUAAAUCUGAAAGGCAAAGGCAUAAAGAAACCUUCACUCAAUAUGUCUGCAGGAAAGCUUUCAGCUCCAGAUGUGGACCUCAACCUGUCAGCACCAAAUGUGGACCUUGCUUCCCCAAAAUUACAAGGAGAUUUCAAAGGGCCAAAAAUUGACAUUAAUGCUCCAAAGGUGGAUGGCAUUGACACAGAAGGAAAAUUUAAGUUACCAAAAUUUAAAAAGCCUAAUUUUUCACUUUCCGGAAAUAAACCAAAAGGGCCUGAUCUGGAUGUAUCUGUGCCAAAUGUAAAGGCUGAUAUAAAGACUCCUGAUGUGGACCUUGACGGAGGAGUAGAUCUCCCUGAAGCAAAGGGGAAAUGGAAAAUGCCGAACUUCCAUCUGCCCUCCUUUGGAUCAUCUGGACCCAAGGGACCAGAUGUGGAUUUUAAUGGUUCAUUAAAAGCACCCGGUGUUGAUGUGUCAGGUCCAGAUCUUAAGGGGAAUUUCGAAUCUCCAAAUGUUGACUUGAAACUUCCAAAAGGAGAUAUAGAUGCAAGCUUGCCAGAUGCCAAAUUUAAAAUGCCAAAAUUUAGUAAGCCAAGCACAAAUAUGUCCAUUCCAGACACCAGCCUGAACUUAAAAGCACCGACAGUGACGGGCGAUUUUGAUGCAAAACUGAAGAAACCCAACUUAGACAUUUCUGGAAUUAAGGGACCUGAUAUGAACUUAGGCGGUAAUCUUAAAAUUCCGGAUGCUGAUAUUUCAUCUCCUGACCUUAACGCGGGAUUCGGAUCUGCUGGACUAGGUUUUAAAAAGCCCAAAAUUAAUGCAGCUUACGAUAUGCCUGACAUGAAGCUUGAUGUUCCUGAGGUAAAUCUGAAAGGCAAAGGCAUAAAGAAACCUUCACUCAAUAUGUCUGCAGGAAAGAUUUCAGCUCCAGAUGUGGACCUCAACCUGUCAGCACCCAAUGUGGACCUUGCUUCCCCAAAAUUACAAGGAGAUUUCAAAGGGCCAAAAAUUGACAUUAAUGCUCCAAAGGUGGAUGGUAUUGACACAGAAGGAAAAUUUAAGUUCCCGAAAUUUAAAAAGCCUAAUUUUUCACUUUCCGGAAAUAAACCAAAAGGGCCUGAACUGGAUGUAUCUGUGCCAAAUGUAAAGGCUGAUAUAAAGACUCCUGAUGUGGACCUUGACGGAGGAGUAGAUCUCCCCGAGGCAAAGGGGAAAUGGAAAAUGCCGAACUUCCAUCUGCCCUCCUUUGGAUCAUCUGGACCCAAGGGACCAGAUGUGGAUUUUGAUGGUUCAUUAAAAGCACCCGGUGGUCAGAUAGAUCUUUCUGCUCCUGACAUUAAGGGGGAUAUCAAAGGUCCCAGCCUCGAUCUCAAAGGCCCAAAUAUGGACAUCAAUGCUCCAAGAGUUAAUAUGCCUGAUGCAAAUGGAACAUUAAAAAUGCCAAAUAUAAAGAUGCCUCCAUUUGGAUUUUCUGGACCCAAAGGACCAGGUGUGGAUUUUGAUGGUUCAGUAAAAGCACCUGGUGUUGAUGUGUCAAGUCCAAAUAUUAAGGGAAAUUUUCAAUCUCCAGAUAUUGAUUUGAAACUUCCAAAAGGGGAAUUAGAUGCAAACUUGCCAGAUGCAGAACUUAAUGGAGGAAAGUUUAAGUUACCAGGAGUAAAAUGGCCUGCCAAUAAAUUGUCAUUGUCCGGUCCUGAUAAUGGACUGAAGCUACCAAAAGGUCAAGUAGAUCUUUCUGCUCCAAACCUUACGGGAGAUAUCAAAGGUCCGAGCCUCGGUCUCAAAGGACCAAAUGUUGACCUUAAUGCUCCGAGUGUUGGCAUUCCUGAUGCAAAGACAAAGUUUAAAAUGCCAAGUUCACCUAUGACUUCCUUUGGUAUGUCAGGACCAAAAGCCCCUGAUCUGAAUGUUGAUGGUUCUGUGAAACCCCCUGGUAUUGACUUGUCGGCUCCAAAUAUUAAAGGAAAUUUUGAAUCUUCAGAUGUGGACAUAAAACUUCCAAAGGGCGACCUUGAUAUCAACAUGCCCUAUGGUGACAUUAAGAAACCAAAAUUUAUAAUGCCAAAAUUUAACAUGCCAAGCACAAAUAUGUCCGUUCCAGACACCAGCCUGAACUUAAAAGCACCGACAGUGACAAGCGAUUUUGAUGCAAAACUGAAGAAACCCAACUUAGACAUUUCUGGAAUUAAGGGACCUGAUAUGAACUUAGGCGGUAAUCUUAAAAUUCCGGAUGCUGAUAUUUCAUCUCCUGACCUUAAAGCGGGAUUCGGAUCUGCUGGAAUAGGUUUUCAAAAGCCCAAAAUCAAAGCAGAUUACGAUAUGCCUGACAUGAAUCUUGAUGUUCCUGACGUAAAACUGAAAGGCAAAAGCAUAAAGAAACCUUCACUCAACAUGUCUGCAGGAAAGAUUUCAGUUCCUGAUGGGAACCUAAACUUAGCAGCUCCAAAUGUAGACCUCGCUGCCCCAAAAUUACAAGGCGAUUUCAAAGGGCCAAACAUUGAUAUAAAAUCUCCAAAGAUCGAUGCAGAAGGAAAAUUUAAGUUCCCAAAAUUUAAAAAACCUAAUUUUACCCUCAACAGAAAGAAACCUAAACUAGACGUGUCUGUGCCAAAUGUAAAGGCAGAUAUAAAGUCUCCUGAUGUGGACCUUGACGGAGGAGUAGAUCUCCCUGAAGCAAAGGGGAAAUGGAAAGCGCCAAACUUACAUCUGCCCUCCUUUGGAGGAUUUGGAUCCAAAGGACCAGAUGGGGAUUUUGAUGGUUCAUUUAAAGCACCCGGUGUUGAUGUGUCAGCCCCAAAUCUUAAGGGGAAUUUUGAAUCUCCAGAUAUUGAUUUGAAACUUCCAAAAGGAGAAUUAGAUACAAACUUGCCAGAUGCAGAACUUAAUGGAGGAAAGUUUAAGUUGCCAGGUGUAAAGUGGCCACAUAAUAAACUGUCAUUAUCAGGUCCUGAUAAAGAUCUGAAGCUACCAAAAGGUCAGAUAGAUCUUUCUGCUCCUGACAUCCGGGGGGGCAUCAAAGGUCCCAGCCUCGAUGUCAAAGGCCCAAAUAUUGACCACAAUGCUCCAAGUAUUGACGUUCCUGAUGCAAAGGCAAGGUUCAAAAUGCCAAAUUUACAUAUGCCUUCCUUUGGUCUGGCAGGACCAAAAGCACCAGGGCUGGAUGGUUCUGUGAACGUCCCCGAUAUUGACGUGUCAGGUCCAAAGAUUAAAGGGAAUUUUGAGUCCCCAAAUGUUGACCUAAAUACUCCAAAGGGGGACCUUGAUAUCAACAUGCCCAGUGCAGAAAUUAGGAAACCAAAAUUUACAAUGCCUAACUUUAGCAUGCCAAGUGCAAACUUGUCAACUCCAGGCACCAGCUUGAAUUUAAAAGCACCAGGGGUGACAGGUGAUUUUGAUGCAAAAUUGAAUAAACCUAACUUAGACAUUCCUAGAAUUAAGGGACCUGAUAUGAACUUUGGUGGUAAUCUUAAAAUUCCGGAUCCUGACGUUAAAGCGGGAUUCGGAACUGCUGGAAUAGAUUUUAAAAAGCCCAAAAUCAAUGCAGAUUACGAUAUGCCUGACAUGAACCUUGAAGUCCCUGACGUCAAACUGAAAGGCAAAGGCAUAAAGAAACCUUCACUCAACAUGUCUGCAGGAAAGAUUUCAGCUCCAGAUGUGGACCUAAACUUAGCAGCACCAAAUGUGGACCUUGCUUCCCCAAAAUUACAAGGUGAUUUCAAAGGGCCAAACAUUGACUUAAAUGCUCCGAAGGUGGAUGGCAUUGGUGCAGACGGAAAUUUUAAGCUCCCAAAAUUUAAAAAACCUACUUUUUCACUAUCUGGAAAUAAACCAAAAGUGCCUGAUUUGAAUCUGUCUGUGCCAGAUGUGAAGGCAGAUAUAAAUACUCCUGAUAUGGACCUUAAUGGAGGAGUGGAUCUCCCGGAAGCAAAGGGGAAAUGGAAAAUGCCGAAGUUGCAUCUGCCCUCCUUUGGAUCAUCUGGACCCAAAGGACCAGAUGUGGAUUUUGAUGGCUCAAUAAAAACUCCUGGUAUUGAUGUGUCAGCUCCAAAUCUUAAUGGGAAUUUUGACUCUCCAGAUGUUGACUUGAAAUUUCCAAAGGGAAAAAUUGAUGCAAACUUGCCAGAAACAGAACUUACAGGAGGGAAGUUUAAGUUACCAGGAGUAAAUUGGCCAAGUAAUAAAUUGUCAUUGUCAGGUCCUGAAAAAGAAUUGAACCUACCAAAAGGUCAGGUAGAUUUUUCUGCUCCUGACAUUAAGGGGGAUAUUAAAGGUCCCGGUCUCGAUCUCAAAGGCCCAAAUAUGGACAUCAAUGCUCCAAGUGUUAAUAUGCCUGAUGCAAAUGGAAAAUUCAAAAUGCCAAAUUUAACGAUGCCUUCAUUUGGGUUUUCUGGACCCAAAGGACCAGGUGUGGAUUUUGAUGGUUCAGUAAAAGCACCCAGUGUUGAUGUGUCAGCUCCAAAUCUUGAGGGGAAUUUUGAAUCUCCAAAUGUUGAUUUGAAACUUCCAAAGGGAAAAAUUGAUGCAAAUUUGCCAGAAGCAGAACUUAAAGGAGGGAAGUUUAAGUUACCAGGAGUAAAUUGGCCAGGUAAUAAAUUGCCAUUGUCAGGACCUGAUAAUGGAAUGAACCUACCGAACGGUCAGGUAGAUCUUUCUGGUCCUGACAUUCAAGGAGAUAUCAGAGGUCCCAGCAUUGACAUGAAAACACCACAUUUGAGUGUUUCUGAACCAAAAUCGAAGUUUCAAAUGCCAAAGGUCGAAUUGCCUUCCAUCCGAAUGUCUGGACCUAAAACACCAGAUCUGGGUGUUAAUUCUUCAGUAAAAAUGCCUAGCGUUGAUGUGGCAGGUCCUUCUAUUAAGGGGAAUUAUAAAUCCCCUGACUUUGGGAUCGAUGUUCCUAAUGUGUCUCCGGGAAAUGUGGACCUCAAUCUACCAACAGGAAAUAUAAAAGGAGGUGCAGGUAUUGACAUGUCUGGAUUAAACAAAAGAAACAUGCAGGGUGCAAACAUAGGUGUUAAAGAUACAAAUUUCAGUGUUAGUUCUCCAAAUCUGAAUGGCGAAUUUCGUGAAGUUGGUGUUGACGUGAGCUCCCCAAAUCCUUCUGCUCAACUGUAUUCUCCCAAAUUAAAAGCAAGCACAGAUGAAAAUAUCAACAUGCCGAAUAAUUUUUCAAGAGAAACAUUUAAAUUAAGAUCAUCCUCUGCAUCUGAUCUAGAUGAUGUAACUGCACAAGGAAAAUACAAUACCAAUUUACAACCAAGAACAUCUAGUUCUAUAAAUGUCAAUGAUCCCUCCGUGAGUAAAAAAAAUAAGUUCAAUUUGUCAAAAUUAUUCAAUUUUAAUCAUAAAUCAAAGGGAUCAGUUGAUUUCACAAAGGCUCAGACAGCAACAUCACCUGGAACAUUUAAAUCAAACUCUCUAUUCCCACAGGUUGAGUUUGCUGUGUCUAAAGAUUAACGAUAAAUUGCAUUUGCUGCUAUUAAGACAUGAUUUAUUCCAGCAACUGAUAUACAAUUCUCCUAAAUUAGCCUCAAUAAAUAUAAAUAAUCAUUGGUGUAUUUCUACAAUAACAUUUUAUUUGGCCUUAUUUAGUAAAAACAAAAAGAAUAUUAAAUUCAAAAUGGCUGGCCCAAGGCAGUAAAUUGGGCUACUCUGGAAUACUAUAUUUUUAUGGAUACACAUUUAAAGACAUUUAAGAUUGUCGAGGCUAGUAGACCUGCUUCCCCACUGCAAAAAUAAGUCCGGGUUCAAACCUGACCUUCACUGCUGACUGUGUAGACUUUGCAAGUUCCCCCUGUGACCACGCAGGUUUCCUCCAGGGGCUCAGGUUUCCUCCCACAUCCAAAGACGUGUAGGUUGGGUAGAUCGAUUGGUCCUUUUAUAUUUUCCCCAGAGUGUAGGUGAGCGAGUUGAUGGGAAUGUGCAAGAAUAAAAGAAAUAGGAUUAAUGUAGGAUUGGUGUAAAUGCAUGUUCUGUGAUUAGUGUGUACUCUGUAGGUCAAGGCAUCUCAUUCCAUGCUGACUAAUUCUAUAACUAUUUCUAGCCUUUUGAUGGUUUGUCGUGUGGGACUCACAUGAAAGGAUGUUUACUUAAUGAACCUAAAUGUAAAGUUAACAACCUGAAGAAAUAGGUAGACAAUCUACAUCGGUGAGACCAAGUGUAGGCUUGCCGAUCGUUUCGCCGAACACCUCCGCUCGGUCCGCAUUAACCAACUUGAUCUCCCUGUGGCUCAGCACUUCAACUCCCCCUCCCAUUCCGAAUCCGACCUUUCUGUCCUGGGCCUCCUCCAUGGCCAGAGUGAACACCACCGGAAAUUGGAGGAGCACUUCAUAUUCCGCUUGGGCAGUUUACACCCCAACGGCAUGAACAUUGACUUCUCUAAUUUCCAGUAGCCCUUAUUGUCUCCUCCUCUUCUCAGCUCCCCCUCAGCCCUCUGGCUCCUUCUCUUCCCUUCUUCUUCCCCCCCCCCCCACCCUACAUCAGUCUGAAGCAGGGUUCCCUAUUUCCUAAAACCUAAAUUGGCAAAACAUUCAACUCAAUUCUGAUCUUCUUUGAAAGUGGCAUCUCUAACUAGGAACCUGAUUUCAACUUUCAUAUUCAUAAAAUCUUCCAAGUUAUUUCAUUAUCAUGACUCAAGAAUCCAAAAUUAUACGCCUCAUAUUUAAUUGUCAUCUUUGAAUAAAGCUUCACUUCAAACUUACAUGUAAUGGAAAUGUUCAUACCAGGUAGUAAUACAUAGGGAUAAGCUAAAGAUAUUUACUUAAAAUAGAUGUAUAUAUUUAUAGAUCAGGAUUGUACAGGGUUUUCUUAAUUCUUCAAUAUCAAAUUCAAUGUAUAAAAUAGUUUCUUUGAAAUUUGAAUGUAAAUUUGAAAUAUUGUGAUUCUUGAAUAGUCAAGCCUAUGUAUUAAAUGUUAUUGUUUUAUUCUAACAUAAAAGACUCCUGUUUUAUUGAAGGAACCACGUUACAAGGAUAUUUAUGGGAAUAUAUUAACUCUGUAUUGGGAUAAUUUGCUUGAAAUUGGAUCUUUGAUUAUCAUAUUUUGUAAUAGUUUUAAUAUGAUGACUGCACUUUACCUGUACAUUCUUAUGUGGAUAAUAUAAUGCUUUCUUCUUCAA